CGUCUCCGGUCGCUCCACUCGCCGUCCAAUCUCUCGUCUUCCUGCCUCCAAAUUCCCGCUCGACGGUCGCACCCCAAACGACUCGAGAUAAAGGCGGUUGGUAAUACAUUUGGUAAUUUUUUCCGCGUGACAACAUUCGGAGAAUCACACGGCGGUGGUGUUGGUUGCAUUAUUGAUGGAUGCCCUCCUCGGCUUCCCCUUUCUGAAUCGGAUAUGCAGGUGGAGCUUGAUAGAAGGAGACCUGGUCAAAGCCGAAUCACAACCCCUAGAAAAGAGACAGACACCUGCAAAAUAUCAUCGGGCAUUGCUGAUGGGUUAACAACCGGAUCUCCAAUUAAAGUGGAAGCUCCAAACACUGACCAGAGAGGACAUGACUACAGUGAAAUGUCACUUGCAUAUCGUCCUUCACAUGCAGAUGCUACUUAUGACUUCAAAUAUGGAGUGAGAUCAGUACAGGGUGGUGGCAGGUCAUCAGCUAGAGAAACCAUAGGGAGAGUUGCUGCUGGAGCAGUUGCAAAAAAAAUUCUCAAACAUUUUUCUGGUACUGAGAUUAUCGCCUAUGUUUCCCAAGUGCAUAAAGUUGUGCUUCCCGAUGGUUUAGUCGAUCACCAGACUGUCACUCUAGAUCAGGUUGAAAGCAAUAUAGUCCGAUGCCCAAAUUCUGAAUAUGCAGAAAAGAUGAUAGCUGCCAUCGAUGCUGUUCGAGUAAAGGGGGAUUCUGUUGGUGGGGUUGUCACAUGCAUUGUUAGAAAUGCUCCACGAGGUCUUGGUUCUCCUGUUUUUGACAAACUCGAAGCUGAGCUAGCUAAAGCUUGCAUGUCAUUACCUGCAACAAAAGGUUUUGAGUUCGGCAGUGGUUUUUCAGGCACGUUUAUGACUGGUAGUGAGCAUAAUGAUGAAUUUUAUGUGGAUGAAAAUGGCCGGAUCAGAACAAGAACCAACCGAUCUGGUGGAAUACAGGGUGGAAUAUCUAAUGGAGAAAUUAUUAGCAUGAAAAUAGCUUUCAAACCUACAUCCACAAUUUCAAGAAGGCAGAAUACAGUGACAAGGGAUGGGCAUGAGACUGAGCUCAUUGCACGGGGUCGGCACGAUCCGUGUGUUGUUCCUCGAGCUGUUCCAAUGGUGGAUGCCAUGGUAGCGCUGGUGCUGGUUGACCAAUUGAUGGCACAAUACGCUCAAUGCAUGUUAUUCCCAAUAAAUCCAGCCUUACAGGAACCCUUGCUCUCACACCCUGAACCAGCGGCAGCCAAUGUUUCCCUUUGAAUGCAUGAUUUUUUUUUGGGGGGUUCCAAACAUGCUUUCCUUCCUUAUUAUUCCACAGAAAUGCAAGUGUUGUUUUGUUAUUAUUAUUUAUAUAUAGAUACUUUAAUUUUCUGUUUACCUUCCGUGAAGAAUAAGGCCUUUACUCUGGCAAUUUAAGGCCCUUUUGUAUUUGUAUUGACAGAAGUUAUGAAUUAUAUAGUUAGAUACUUGCUAUGUUUUUUUGGCUCCCCUCUUUGGAAUGUAUCUUGGGUUACAAGAAGUAUUACUUGUAUGAAAUCUAAAUGUUGUUAGGAGUCUAAACAGGUUAUUUAUGUAACUAGAGUAAUUGAUCACAAUUAAACCUCAGUUGAUACGGAGAAAUUCCAGGGUCCUAUUACUCCAAUAUUGCGGUAUUGCCUGUCAAGCUGCCUAUUUCAGUGGCUAUUUGGAAGAAUAUUGGAAGUAGGGGUGGACUGAUGCGGUUUUGGCCCUUGGAGAAAAUUCUAUAGAUAUGGUACUCUCAUUUUAUUUGGUCAUGUAUUCAACAAAUUUUGGGGUUGGGAUAUUCGGAUUUAUAGAGUUUAAAAUGCACCAUAUUUUCUGAAGAUAUACUAUGCAUAAAUUUGGCGCGUUAACUAUUUGUCAUUUAAAAAAUG